UUUUAUUAUAGUCUGUAUCAGUUUGUAUUAUACAUCAAAUGUUAUAAUAUAUCUUCAUUGUAAAUAAAAUAAAGAUCCGGUGAAACUGCAGUAAGCACCAACAGAGAUUACGUUAGAAACAUUUAAAGAAACAAAAUAUGUUUAAUAGCAUAAAACACUCACUGAGAUACAAUACGAGUAAAUUUGGUUAUCAGGUAUUGGCAGCCUUUUCAGCGGAGGCUAAAAGUAACUUAACGCGACCAGAAUGCACGCGAAAUGCCUAUCCGCACACAGCGUGUGGCCAACCAACGCCAGCGACGCAUCCUCACUUGCUGAAGCAUGGAGAAGUGCUACCAGGUAUAUCGCUUCAGGAACUCGGAAGAAGACGUUCGAAAUUGGUAGAGAGUGUUACGUUGGAAACGCGUGCCAAGAAUGUACACAGGCAACAGAUCGUCAUCAUACCAGCUUCGACCACAGUCUACAUGUCAGAUAAGAUACCAUACGUCUACCGACAAAAUACAGAUUUCUUAUAUUUCUCUGGUUGUCGAGAACCAGACAGUGUCCUGGUACUCGUGUGCAGGGAAAACCAGUCCUCGUUCACCUUGUUCAUGAGGCCAAGGGAUGAGCAUUCGGAAUUAUGGGACGGUCCGAGAACUAGCAUUGAAACAGCAAUUAAAAUGUUUGGCGUAGAUCAUGCUCUGCCAGUUACAGAAUUCGAACAAUUUCUGGCCUCGCUCAUACAGGAAGACAAGAGAAGCAUCGUGUGGUACGAUCAUGUUGACGCUAUUCAACCGAUAUUGCACAGAAAGCUCUGUCAACUGAUUAAAUUGACAGACAACCAGAUGUUUGCCUCUCCCAAGAUGUUAUUUCAUCAAAUUCGCUUGAUCAAGAGCACAUGCGAGAUUGAGCUGAUGCGCCAGAGUUGCCAAAUAGCUUCCGAUGCGAUCGCCAAGACGAUCCAGUGCUCAAGACCAGAGAUGAGCGAGCAUCAGCUGUUCGCUACUGUAGAUUAUGAGUGUCGUAUGCGCGGAGCUGAGCACUUGGCAUACCCGCCUGUCGUAGCAGGCGGCGGAAAUGCAAAUGUGAUACAUUACAUUAGUAACAAUCAAAUUAUUCAGAGCGGCGAUUUGGUCCUGAUGGAUGCAGGCUGCGAAUAUCAUGGUUACUCAUCCGACAUAACGCGAACGUGGCCGAUUAACGGUAAAUUCACGCCGGAGCAAAGAGUACUUUAUGAAAUUGUACUUGACGUACAGAAACAUUUAAUAGAGAGCUUGAAGGAGAUGCCGUCAUUAGACGAGGCAUUCCAUUACAUGUGCUCCCUUCUGGGGAAGAGAUUGCAAGAAAUCGGCUUGAUACCGAAAAAUAUUGACGACGACAAGUUAGUAGCGGCUGCGUAUGAAUAUUGCCCGCACCACGUCAGUCAUUAUCUAGGAAUGGAUGUGCACGACACGGGAAAAAUAUCUCGAGGUAUCAAGAUACAACCUGGAAUGAUAAUAACGAUAGAACCUGGUGUGUACGUGAGCCCAAAAAAUCCUUUCGCACCAUCGCAUUAUCACGGCUUAGGUAUCCGUAUAGAAGACGAUAUUCUAGUAACGGAGAACGGUGCAGAAAUUCUGACAAAAAGCUGCCCGAAGGAAGUAGCGGAUAUCGAGGAUUUAGCCAGUCAAAAUAAAAAAUGUUGAUAGUGAUGAUUCGGAUAUAUGUUAGCAUUAUUUUCGGCAAUCUCAAAGCUACCGAUGUCAGUCCGCGAUGGAGAACCGGCCAAUCUUGGUGAUCUCUUGAACAUAACAUGAAUUUAUUCCGCAUAUUGUCAUUGGCAAGUGCGCUCUUCAUAAAAACGCGGACAUCGUUCACGGUAUUAGCGUACUCUAAUCCACUGAGAUUAUAAAACCUCCGGGGCUCGGAUGUAUUUGUGGGUAGCAAAGUUUUGCACUGGGAAAGGAACGUCAAAUGUGAUAUACAUAUAUACAAUGAAGCUUUGUAUGCUGCGUUUUUUAUUUACAUGUAUAUAAAAAAAUAUGAAUACAUGUAUGUUAAAGUCACAUCUGUUAA